AUGCACAUCGUCUCCCUCCUCCCUCUAACAUGGCUCCUCACAGCCACGGCCUCAUCACAUCCCCAAAUCCCCCAAACCCCCGUCAUAGACGGCCACCUCCUCUCCCAAACCAAACACCGCCUCCAAGCCGGCGACCCAAAGCUCACGUCCGCCCUCAAAAUCCUCACCCGCCAAGCAGACUACUGGCUCGACAAGGGCCCCUGGACCGUCACCAGCAAGAGCACCGCGCCCCCCAACGGCACCCUCCACGACUACGCCUCCCAAGCGCCGUACUUUUGGCCGAACCCAAACUCCCCCGACGGGUGUCCCUACACCGAAAAGGACGGCCAGCGGAACCCCGAAGUCGACAAGUACACGGACCGUCUCAACGUCAGCCGCAUGUUCAACUCGACCUACGUCCUCUCCCUGGCGUGGUACUACACCGGCAAACCGGCGUACGCGAAACACGCCGCCAAGAUUGUGAAGACGUGGUUCACGGACCCCAAAACAGCGAUGAAUCCGAAUCUCAACCACGCGCAGAUUGUGCCGUGUGCAAACGACGGGCGGUCCAUUGGCGUCAUCGACUUUAGUCAGGAGUACACAAAUGUCCUGGACGCUGUGGCCAUCUUGUCCACCGGCGCCCCGGACUGGAGUCCCAAGGACAUGGCAGCCUUUCAAGACUGGAACCGCCGGUUUCUGGUCUGGCUGAAGGACUCGCCGUUUGGUAAGGCAGAAGCAGCGGCGAAGAACAACCACGGCACAUUUGCAAACAUGCAGAUCGCGGCGAUUGCGCUCUUCACAGGCGACAGAAAACUAACCAGCCAGCUCGCCCAGCUGGCAAAGACGUUCAUCAAUAACCAGAUCACGGCGAAUGGUUCACAGCCCGAUGAACUAGCCCGCACAAAGAGCUUCCACUAUGCGAACUUCAAUCUUGGCGCGUACCUGCGCUGGGCGCUCAUCUCUAAUAAGGUGGGCGUCGAUUUGAUCAGGUACAAGGGUCCGCAGGGCCAGUCGCUCGUCAAGGCGGUUGAGUUUGUGAUUCCGGCGGCGGUGGGCGGUGCUUCUAAAUGGUCGUAUCCGGAGCUGGAUUUUACGCAGUACGCGGCGACGGAUAAUGUUCAUGCUGCGGCGUUGGCGGGCGUUUGUGCGGCCAAGAAGGUGGAUGGGAGGUUGGUGGCGCCGCCGGGGGGGGAUAUUUUUUAUUUGAGGCCUGCGGCGCAGCAGCUGGAUAGUAUUGUGCAAUUGUAA